AUGAUCGAGCUCGGCCUGGCCCGUGUCGGUCAGCUGCUCCGGCAGACGCCACUACCAUGGCGCGCCAUCCACGUUGCCGGCACCAACGGCAAAGGCUCCAUCUGCGCGACAGCCUCCGCCAUGCUGCACAGGGCUGGCAUCUCGCACGGCCGCUUCACCUCGCCGCACCUGAUCGACCGCUGGGAUUGCAUCAGCAUCAACGAGGUGCCGGUCGCCGAGUCCGUCUUCCGCGAGGCCGAGCACCUGGUCGCGGGUCGCAACGAGAGCGAGGGCAUCAAUGCCACAGAGUUUGAGCUGCUGACUGCCACCGCCUUCGAGCUCUUCACCCGCGCGAAGAUUGAGAUUGGCGUCAUUGAGACCGGCAUGGGUGGUCGCCUGGAUGCCACCAACAUCCUGCAACACCCCUUGGUGACCGUCAUCUGCAAGAUUGGCAUCGAUCAUCAGGCAUUUCUGGGCGACACCAUCGAAAAGAUCGCGUUCGAGAAGGCCGGUAUCCUGAAGCCAGGCGUCCCGUGUGUUGUUGAAGCUACCAACAGGCCAUCGGUCAUCGACGUGAUCCAAAAGCGCGCCAAAGAGAUAUCCGCAGGCCCGGUUUUCAUGGUUGAUGGCCUGCCGGACGCGCCGGAAUCAAAUACAGAGUACAAGAACUUCCUAAAAACCAAAGACCUCCAGCCUCAUGAGGUCCUCAACACAGCGUGUGCUCAUAAGGCCACUUUGUUGGCUCUGGAGGCCCUUGGCCGGAAGCCUGCCGAUGAGUUGAGCCUUUUCAACGGUCUGACAGACAUCAAGUUGCCCGGACGUCUGCAGACUUUGGAUCUCGGGCGUGUUACGGGGCGCAAGAGCCCAGCCGUGUUGGAUGGUGCACACAAUGCUGAUUCGGCUGAAGCCCUUGGCCGUUUUGUAGAGUCAUUACGCAAGAAGACCAAGGGCAGUGUGGUUUGGGUGUUAUCAAUUAGCCACGGCAAGGCCAUGACUGAGAUGCUUAAGCCGCUUCUAAGAAAUGGCGAUUCCGUCGUGGCGGCAGAGUUCGGCCCGGUUGAUGGAAUGCCCUGGGUGAAGGCGACACCCGCAAGAGAAGUAAUCGCAGCCGCGAAAAGCACCGCAACGCUGGGUGAAACAGCCGAAUGUGGACCAGAUGUCCUAGCUGCUUUGAAGAAAGCCACCCAAAUAGCAUCCACUGAAGGUCACGAGACCCCUCUUGUCGUUGCUGGUAGCCUUUACUUGGUGUCAGACGUCUUGCGUCUUCUAAGGAGCGGCUAA